GUUUACUGUAAUGGUUUACGAUUACAGCAAAUAGACGUUUGUAUACAAAAAAACGAUAGAUGUUUUGAUCAUUGACUUAAUUAUUGACUGUAUCUUUGUCUACGACACGUUCCAGACGAGGAUGAAAUAUUGAAAUAACCGAUCUUUUCAUUGUUUAUGCCGCGGGGAUUUCGCGGUUUUCUUUGUACUUUUUUUCGUGUCGUAGCUGUAGACGACAAUUAGUUUUGUAAGUUUGAGCAAAUGAGAUAUGUUAGUUCACUGAAUCUGUUGUUGCUUGAACUUCAAUACCAGAAAAAUGCCAAAUGGAACUUUUGUGACUGUACUCAUCGGGGUCACCGUAGCUACGGUUAUUUAUUUUAUAUUUGGAAAUAAUAAGCAAAGAACUCAGCAACAGUACUAUCAAUACUCAACAAAGCGCUACUCGGAACCAGAGAACACGAAUAAAGAAUGUUCAAUAUGUUUAGUUUCAUUGAGAUGUAAAGAACGAUAUAUGUUACCUUGUGAACAUGAAUUUCACAAGGGAUGCAUCGAAAAGUGGAAAAAUCAAUCACCUGGGCAUCAAGCAUUGUGUCCACUGUGCAGAUCACCAUUUAACUUGUAAUGUACUUUCAAAUGAAUAUACAAAUUUAAUUUAAAACCAUGCUAUUUGAAACUUAAGCAAUCAAUAAAAAAAUGAAAUAUUUUUAAAACUUGCGUAUAUGAGCAUUUUAUUAAAUGCAUCUUCUCUUUUGUAAGUAAUAUAGAACAGUGUUUAUAAUAUCAUUUCAUAAAUAGAAAUGUAAGAGAUUUUUUAGAAAAAGUCUAUAAUAUUUCUCUCAAAAUGUAAAAUUUAUGACUUUGUGAAAAGAUACAUUAUUAUUAUCAUUGUUUUCAUCAUAUGAGAAAUUAUAAAUGAUCAAACUCUGAAGCUUUUUUUAUAUGUAGCAAUUAACAUUUUAAAUCGUGAUACAUUAAUUUGGAUAUGACAUCAGUACAUAAAGUUGUUAAUAAUUUAGUAGUAGCUACAUUUGAUACUUUUAAUUAGAAGUGUGCAAAUAUCAAAAAGAGUACAAAUUUAGAUUGAGUCUAGAAUUCUUGAUAUCGGGUUGAAAUUCUGAAAGUUUAUAUAAAUAUAAUUAUAUAUAUAAUAUAUA